AUGAAAUUAUCAACAAUUUUCGCCCAAGGCUUACUAUUAUCAGGUAUCAUCGCUUCACCAGUUGCUGCUACACCAGAUGCUUUGCCAGAUAUUCUUGAAGGUCCAUCUGCUGAUAAUUCCUCUGAUUUAUUAACUCUUGCUGGUAAGUCAGAGUAUAAACUUUGCUUUGAAGCUAAUAAAGGUAGAUAUUGUUACAACUAUAGUGUUUCAAAAUGUGUUGAUGCUUAUCUUGCCCAUCCUAAGAAACAUCUUACUUCUAGUGAAGCUAAAAGUCUUUGUUCUUUCUGGUGCAGCAAAAUCAGAAAUCCUAAUGAUUGUAAAACCAACAAGAAGAAGUUUAAUUAUCAUCCAGAAUUUGCUUGUGCUAAGCAAACAUAUUGUUAA